AUGGCUGGACCCGUUGAUGGUUCUCCUGCCGAUGACGAUGCUGACGACAUAGAGGUCGAGAUAGCACGCACGGGCCUAGACCUGUUGCUGUGUUCCCUCUCUAAACCAACCAUCCCACCUUGUAGCAAGAAUCCGCCCGUCACUUCAGUUACGGCUGUUCCCACCGUCACUUCCGCCCCACCUGACUCAAUCGUCGCCCCAGUUAUUAACACCACCAUGCCAACCAAUGUCACAGACCCAGUACCCACUACGGUACCCGCAUCCGAGCCGUCAACACCAGCAGCACCGUCCCCGGCUUCUCCUAUGGGUACAUCUCCAUCGCUUCCACCAGGUUUUGAGAUGGCGUCCCCGUCAUCUCGGCCCGUUCCACCUGCAUCGCAACCAGCUGCUCCCGAAGCGGCGUCCCCUGCAGGUCGGCCCGUUCCACCUGCAUCUCACCCUCACGCAGCUGCAUCGGCGUCCCCGGCUGCUCGGCUUGUCCAGACGAAGUUGAACUUCCUUCGCCCCUCAUCUGCGCCACCGACAGCACCCACCAACGUGCCCACUCCGCCCGUACUCGAAGCUGCAGCCUCGAACCAGCCGUCAGUUCCUCCCGAGGAGCAGUAUGCCAUUGCUCUUGAAAGGGAAGCUCUUGCCGCUAAGGAUGCUGCCGAGAGCUUGCCUGUCUUCAACAUGAUCGACAACACGGUCCGUGCCAUCGUCGAGCAUCUGGGCCGGUCGGGUCCAUGGCAUCAGCGCUUCAAGGACCUCCAAGAGGUUUUUAUCGAGACCUUUCUGGAGCUGCAAGGGAUUUACACCGUACGGUGGCUAUCACGUGGUGAUGCCAUCGCCAGGUUUGUGGCGGUCCUGCCGGUAGUCAUCACGAUGGUGAAGGAGUGGAAUGACAAGCUGUACAAGGUGGUGACGUCGUUCCGGUUCCACUUUCUCCUGUUCUUCCUUGCCGACGUGCUUGACCAGAUGAACGUCCUGAGUAGGACGUUCCAGCGACGAGAGAUCCGCCGUACAACUGGACAUCUGGAGGCCCGUUACGUCGACUGCGGGGACGAGUUUGGCGGAGGGCUCAGUCCAAGGCUCUCGCCAUGGCUUGAGAAGCACGGCCCCGAAGACAAGCGGGAAGUCUGCAUCGAGGGCAGCGACUCGGACAGGCAGGCAUGCACCUUCACGUUCAUACUGCAUGAGGAUAAACUUGACGACUACCCCGGACCUGGGCACCAAGACGCAUGCAUCGACAUCUGCACCGAGUUCGCUGAGCUCAUCGUGGCCAACCUCCUGGAUCGGUUGGGCAACCUCGACAAGCUCUCGGGCGUGGGCUUGUUCACCCCCGACAAUUGGCCGCACGGCAGGCACGAGCGCCAAGCGAAGUGUCAGGAGCAUCUUGAGGCGCUGAUCACUCUCUUCCGGGCGGAAGAGUGCGAGGAGAUCAUACCUGGUGUCGACAAGAAGAAAGCAGUCAAGGAAGUGCGACUGCUAAUCCCCGUCCUUUCACGUGCACCGAAGGUCGAGAUCUGGCGUAACUACAAGAAGCGGAAGCCGCUCAACACCUGCAACUUCUCCAGGCAGGAGGCAGAUAGGAGGCGUCGGGGGAAGGAGGAGGCAGAGGCAGGAGACCAGGCCAACCCUGUAGACCUAGAUGAAGAGGAGGAUGCAGCAGGUGCAACUGACGGUGGUGAUGAUGAGGAUGCGAUGUGGCCCUUAAAAGUACACACUCUUGACGAAGCCGUUUUGCCUUCCCGACGCGUCGCGAUGCUCGAAGCGCCCGCAGGAACGGCCAGCGCGAUUCCGGUGGUGGACUUGUCGGCAGGAGAGGCGGCGUGCGCCGCCGCCGUGGAUAAGGCAUGCAGCGAGGUCGGCUUCUUCCUGCUGGCCAAUCACGGCGUGCCACGUCAGCUCAUCGCCGACGCCUUCCACCAGACGAGGCUGCUCUUCGGCCUGCCCCCUGAAGCCAAGGCGGCUGUGCGGCAGGACAGCAACAACCGCGGGUACACGGCGUUCGAGGAGGAGGCAUUAGACCCGGCGGUGCAGGGGCAGCGCGGCGACACCAAGGAGGGCUACUACGUGGGGGUGGACAUCCCCCCGCACGACCCCCGUGCCCACAAGCCCCUGCACGGCCCCAACGUCUGGCCGCCCGCAGACCUCCUCCCCGCCUUCCGUCCCACCAUCACUGCCUACUUCUCCGCCUGCCUCUCCCUCGCCCGCCGCCUCCUCCCCAUCCUCGCACUCGCGCUCGGGCAGCCGCGGGACUUUUUCGAUCUGCCCGGAAGAUUCGACGACCCAAUAGCGCUGCUGCGGCUGCUGCACUACUCGGGGGAGGCGUCUCGGCCGCAGGAGGGCGUGCUGGGCGCGGGCGCGCACACGGACUAUGGCAUGCUCACCCUGCUGCUCGUGUCACACCCUGGCCUGGAGAUCUGUGUGGAUCGCAGCAGUGCGGCACAGCAGUGGGUGCGCGUGCCAGUGGUACCAGGCACGUACAUUGUGAACAUAGGCGACAUGCUGGAGCGGUGGAGCAACGCCACAUGGCGCUCCACCCUGCACCGCGUGCUCGUGCUGCCCGAUGGGGAGGAGGGGGAGGAGGAGGAUGGUGGCGGCAGCAUCAGUGCUUGUGGGAUUGAGGGUCAUCCCGCUGGUAGUGCUGCUGCAGGCGGUGGUACUGCUGCUGGCACUGGCGACUCUGGUGGUGGUGGCGGUGGCAGCGAGGUGUUGGCAGCGGGGAGGGUGUCGCUGCCGUUCUUCUUUGAGCCCAACUUCGACUGCCUUGUGGAGUGCGUGCCCUCUCGGGUUGAUGCUGCCAACCCUGCACGGUUUCCCCCAACCACCAGCGGGCACUACCUGCUAUCACGCUAUCAGGCCACCCACAAGGACCUUCAUGACUCCCUCAAAUAA